AUGUUCUUGAAGGUGGUGGUAGGGGCUGAUGGCUGUGUAAAUACCGGUGGCACGUACGCUAGCACGGCUGAUGGUGAUGACCCUGCUGCUGGCGAUGGUGUUUCUGAUGGCACCGGUGUUAUUCGUGGUGAUGAUGAUGAUGAUGAUGAUGAUGAUGCUUUUUUAGGUUGGCCAAGUGAACCAGCCUGCGAGUCUUCGCGGAGUCGCAGUUUUAACUGUCGCCUCCUGGUCAGACCUCCAGAUGACCAGGAGGAGACUAUGGAAGAGAAACAACAGCGGGUAUCCCAGUAUGAGAAUAUGCAGAUUUCUGCUGUACUUUUGCCAUCAUAUUUUGUGGAUAAAAGUAAUAGUGAAUCCUUUGAAGGGGAAGGACAACAGUGCCUAGUUUGUUUAGUACGGCGAAUUCCGCCCAACGAACGCAUACAGGGCACACCAGUUGAACAGUUUACCACCAAACUGGAUACUCAAGGCACUAUAAUUGCAAUUGAUGCAAGUGGAGUAUCCUCCAGAUACAGUCAUUAUAUCAGUAAGGAAAGAAUUGGCGAACGCUUCAUAGAAUUGAUUCCUCAAGGGGACGUUGGUAAGGUGACUGGCCACCUGAAAGAAACUUUGCAGUCUGGGCACGCUACCUCACAAGUGUAUCGGGUUAAGAUUGGAGCAGAUCGUUCAAUUCGUGUGCAGACAAAAUCUAAAUUUUUCCGUGACACUGACGGGACCCAGCCAGAAGGAAGUUUCAUGAUGGCAACACAUUCUAUUAUUGGGCCUUUCCAAGAAGGUAAUGGGUCAUCAACAGCAGACAGAUUGCUUGCUGGAACUUCUGGCAAUGGAGGAUCAGUACUAGAUGAAUCUUUAUCUGGGCGACCAAGUAGUACGGGAGGAGCGGGAGAUGACUCUGGUGUGUCCUCCAUUGGUGAUAAUACCAGGCUACGAAAACUGCUCAGUCAUAGUGAAAGUAGUAAUGAUUUGCCUUCAGAUAACUCAAAUAAAAUCCUGAAGGAUCUCCUCAACCAAAAGGAUGAAGAUGAUACCCAAGGGGCAGUAGUUGGUGGUGUAGGCGAUGGAAAUAGUACCUUAGAACGGCUAAUGUCACGAGUUCCUUCUCAUCAUGAUUUCAAACCCAAUGCCUCCUCAUCGCCAGCAGUAAAUUCCACAGCAAAUAAUAUGUUAAGAGAGCUUUUGAAUAAUGAUGACGAUGACACCGAUAAUAGAAAAAGUAGUGAUGAUAUAUGGGAUCUACUAAAUGACCCCCCAGAUGAAAAGAAGCCAGACAUAACUUCUGAUUUCCGACAACCACAAGGCCCUGGAGGAAGCUUACAGUCUGCGAAUUCCACUUCUUCAUCACCCUCUUCCCUCAGUACCUUAACGUCCUCAUCAUCUAGUAUCCCCCAGUCUACGAAUUCUGGCAUUCCUCCAAGACCGCGUAGUGCAGACAUGUUGUCUGCAUCCAACAUGUUGAGGGGUAUCAAGCGGCCUAGUGAUGAGGCUCAUGAUGGCAAUCCUAGCAAACAGAUGAUGGGUGCAUUUGAAAGUUUGUUGGGUCCAUCACCACCUGCUAGCUCUAUGAGCCCUGCACCAGUCCAACAUGGAGGCCCUCCCACACCUCAUGGUGGCCCAUCAACACCUCAUGGAGGCCCUCCAGCUCCACAUGGAGGUCCUUCAACUCCACAUGGACCCACAACCCCUCAUGGCCCUCCAACCCCUGUUGGGAACAAUACUGGUGGAGGUAUUGGUCAUGGAGGUUCAGGAGUCAGUCCAAAUAACCAGGGUUCUUCAAAAUUGUGGGAAAAGAACAAGAUGCUUGCCUCCCUUUUAGCCAAGGGACCUGUCCAUAUGAACCAGAGCCAGCCUCCAUCACAACACUUAAAUCCACAAGGCCUACCCCAAGAGAAGCUUCCAAAGGACUUGGAGAAGAAGUUGCAGACCCCCGGUCCUUGGCAGCCUCCAGGGCGUAAUCAAUCCGAGAUCCUCAAUCAGUUACUUAUCAAGGGAACCAGUAGCAACCGCUCUAAUGUGAAGGUCAACACUUCUAUGGGUUCUGGUAUGGGCAUGAACCCACAGAUGCAUACAUCUGCAGCAUCAAUGAUGGGUGGUCAAGGUGGUGUUACCUCACAGGUUCACAUGACUUCUCAACCAACCUUAUCUUCUCAAGGUGGCAUAGGAGUGAACAAUCUUAACCUUAGUGGCACUGGACCUGUGUCGGCAUCUCUUGUUGGGCGAGGAACUGUCGGUGGUGUUAGUGGAGUGUCAGUUUCACCUUCAUCCAUGUCAACCACAACCACAAAUACACUGCCAUCAUUUAAGGCCUCAAUGGGUCUUAAUGUCUUGGAUCCAGUAAGCAGUAGUUUUCCAGAUGGUUCCUUACCAUCCAUUACCUCUUCCUUCACUUCUGUCCUACAAAACCACAACGAUGAUUUUCUACGAGAAAGUGUUAUUAAUGAUAUAUUAGAGAUGACCAAUAUAUUUCCUGGUGGAUCAUCAUCACCAGAUUUAGGAAUAAACCCUGAACUUAGUCUGGAUGAUGUCCAACGUCCCCCAACGUCAACAGCGCAUGAACUAAUGGAGAUACAGAAAAUUCAGAAUUCCCUUAUGUCAGAUAUUGAGGCACAGACAUCUGCAUCAGUGACGGGUCCUGGAACUUUACCGCCAUAUACUGCUGUAGCUUCUGUCCAAUCACAUGGGAGCUACCCACCACCUUAUACCCAACGAACACGAUUUCCAAGUGCAGGCCCAGCUGGGGGUCCAGGUGGAGGGACCAAUAUUGCGGGCCAUAUAAGUCCUGCAAGUAUGAUGCGACCCAGUUCUCAACAGUUUGCACCUGGAAGUCCAACAAUGCCUUCUCGACCAACUAUGAAUAAUCAGCGUCAUUUGAUACGACAGCAAGAGACGAGAAAACGGCUCCUACAACAUCAACAGCAACAGGUGUUAGUCCCGUCCAACACCUCAGAUGUGGCUCAGCCUCCACCAACUUCUUAUCAGAACAUGGAUGACCUCUUUAAUAACACCGUUGCGCCAAAUGUGAAUGUCACUCUCCAGCGUAAUGUAGCAGAGUCUCAGACAUCUCCAAACUACAACCUGCUCAAUUCACCAUUAGGGGGUGGUGGACAGAUUUCUCCUGGCCAGCGUAUUCCCCAACCCCCUUUCUCUCCACAUGGUCAGACAACUUCUCCCCUUCCAAAUCAGCAGUACAGCAAUAGUGGGCAGAUGGGUGGAUACCAGGGAGCACAAGGCCCGCAACUAUCUCCAAGAUUAUCCCAGGGGUCCCCAGUUCCGCCAGGCUAUCAACCAGGAGGCCAGCCACUCCCUCAAAUGUCCCCCACAGGUCCUGGCACGCCAGGCACGCCUGGGGUACAAGUACCUCCUGGUCAGCAAAGUCCGGCGUGGUCAUCUCCGAGUCCGCAACAGCGGCCAUCACUAAUGUCCCAGAACCCGAUGCUGAAUGCACAACUUUCUUCCUUUAUAAGAAAUGAUGGUGGUCGACAGUUUCCGGGUGGUGGGCGUGCAGGUCAGUUACCUUCCAUGCGUUCUGUGCCGAGUCCUAGUUCACGCCAGUCACCUUAUCAAAGUAUGGGUCCUCAUACGCCUGGGGCCACUGGGCAAGGAGACCCAGGCCCCUAUCCUCCCUCCUCUCCACAGCAAGGACAACCACCUUUAAUUUAUCAACAACAGCAACAACAACAGCAGCAGCAGCAACAGUAUCGUAUUCAACGAACAAUGUCAGCACCUGGGCAGAUAACAGGUGUGCACUCCCCGCGCAGUGCUCACCACUUCCCGCCAGCCCCGGGCCACCACCAUGACCCACCCGCACCCCCUCCCCACCUGCCACCAGCUGCAGGCGGCCACCUCCCCAGCCCACACUCUGUACCACCUUCCUCCUUAGCCCAUCCCCAUAUGGGUCACCACCACCCUGGGUCUCUCCCCACUUCAUUAAUGGCUUCUGCUGGUUCCCCAAUGGGGUCAGUAGCAGGGCCGGUGGAUGGUGCUCAUAUGAUGGGGGGAGCACCUAUGGGUGGGGGUGGACCAGGGAGUGGUAUGCCAGGGCUGGUUGGAGGGGUAAUGCCCACGGGCUACGAGGGGGGUCUCCCACCCCACCCCCACAACUAUGAGGUGGCUGCCCACUACUAUGGGGCCCCUGACCCAGCCAGGACCUCUUCGGGCGGAAAUGGCAUGCUCAGUGAGUACACUCGAAACGAACUGCGGGCUCAUGUUGGUGCCCGAAGCACAGGUGGUGGUGGGGGAGGGGGAGGGCCAGGGUCCCCUUCCCCCAGCCAGCAGCAACUACAACAACCACAGCAGCAACAACAACAGCAGCAACAGCAGCAACAGCAGCAACAACAGCAGCAGCAGCAGCAACAACAGCAGCAGCAGCAGCAGCAGCAGCAGCAGCAGCAGCAGCAGCAGCAGCAGCAGCAGCAGCAGCAGCAGCAGCAGCAGCAGCAGCAGCAGCAGCAGCAGCAGCAGCAGCAGCAGCAGCAGCAGCAGCAGCAGCAGCAGCAACAGCAGCAGCAGCAGCAGCAGCAGCAGCAACCUCAACAAACACAAGCACACCUGGCCUUUCAGCAAACCCCUGACCAACACCACCACCACCACCACCACCACCACCUUGACCAGCCGCUACUACACUCUUACUCCCCCUCAGAGAACAACAAAUGGGGAGGAGAAAGUGUAAAUACAAGCCAGGCUGGAGGGUUGAGUUCUUCACCCAGAAUGGAAGACAGUCGUACUAAUAAUGGGAGUGACAAGGGCAAGUCAGAGAGCAUGUUGAAGCACCUGCUGUCCAAGUAAUCUGACCCAUGCCAGUAGUGUCGGGUUAUUCAUGUGCUCAUCUGUACGCUCAUCUGUAUAUGGUCAUUCUAUCCCUUUUGACCUGCCUGCUACCAGUCAUUGCAAGUUGCAGGGUGUACCAUAGUCUUACUGUGGUCUUAUCUCAAAGCAUGUACACUCCACUGUCUGGAUCAAAUUGUUAUUGUUCACUUUUAUCCUUUGGGAUUUUAAAAAGACAAAUAUGCUAAUUGUAGCAGUUUUAUUGUAAAUUAUAUUUAUCAUUAUGACUGUGGCCCUGCCUAGCCUGCUGAUAUUUUGAAGGUAUCGAUUGAGAAUAUAAUUUGUUAUACUGUAGUAUGUCAAACAGAAAUCACCUUCAGUUUAUUAAUUUUAUUACAACAUGAAGAAAAUGUUAAGAUUAGAAUAAUAUAUUCACAAGAAGAUUUUAAUGUAUGUUCUUAUAAAAAAUUAUGACUUUCAAGGUAUGUUUUAUAAGAAACAUUUAUAUUAAACUAAAAGAAAAAAUGUACAUGAAGCUUCUUAAGACAGUGGGGGUAUGUUUGCUCUUGUAUAGGGUUGAGGGAAGCCAAUGUGAUGUUUCAAUGCCAGAGCAGUCCUGUGAUUUAAACUUUUACCAGUACAAAAGGGGGGAAUGCUAAAGUUUGGUGGGUACCAGGGGGUUCGUGCAUCUCUAUUUCCCAUUUACCCACAAGUAAUGUGUACAUGCUCCCUACCUUGCUUUUACCAUUGAUUACAUUAAGGAAAUUAUUUCUCUUCUAGGUAUAUGAAACUCAUAAUUUACCUCACAGUGGGAAUACCUGCAAUUCAUUGAAUGGCAAGUGUAUAUCCCAUUGCUAUAUUUUUUUUAUUCUUCUCCACCUUAAAUGUCAUCUUUUAAAUUGCCGCAGUGUGAACUUGUUCUGAGCCUGGAAUAGAAAGACUAUCCGGGCAUUUCUUGGCCACGGUAUUGUAAAAGGUGUUGAUGGUGUUUUGCCAUCGUUGUUGGGCAGGGAUAUAUGGCAGCCAGCCAAGGUAGGUCCAGUGAAGCUGCUAGUGGCAUGUUAACUGUGGUUCGGUUCAGCCUUAUGUGCAAUUCUUACCAUUGGGUUGUGACUUACAUGUCUAGUGUACAGAGAGAUUAUUAUUCUAUGAGGAUGGUAACAGUUGCUGUUGUCAGACUGUUGUAUACUAUUGUUAUGAAUGUAAGUACAUUAAUAUAGUUCACUUAUAUACAGAGCCUUACAUACUCAACUCUUCUAUACCAAAGGCAUUAAUGUAGAUACACAGUGUACUUGAGGAAACUUCCUAACCCCUGUAUUUUCUUUGCACAUCACCAAGUUGAAUGUUAGAUAGCAGGAAAUGUUAUCAAGAAUAGAGAGUAAAAUAUCAUGUUAUAAUGGUUUAUUAUUUUUCUAUGAGAAAGUUUAUUGAAUAUUGAACUGUUGUUAUUAUACAAAGAAAAUUAAUUAAUGUUGGUAAAGAUAUGAUAACUUAUUGUUGGAACACAGAAGUGACUGGGGCCAGCCAAGGAAAGAGAGCGCCAAAGGAUCAAUGCCAGCCACCUGUAGUGCAAACGCGGCUGGGAACAACUUGCUCAUCAUUCACUUAGUGACUACUUGUGGACUGGCAUGAGCAUUAGCAUGGCCCUUUGGAAGUGAUGGACUGUGUCUGUAAUUACCAAAGUGUAAUUUGGUAAUUACCUAUCCUGUGUGUGUGUGUGUGUGUGUGUGUGCGUGUUUACAGGAUGAGAGCUGUGCUCGAGGUGUCCCAUCUUCCCAGUACUCUGAGAUAUGACUCUUUGAAACUAUUGAGAGUUUUAACUUUUACCACCUUAUCACAUACUUAAUAAGUGUUGGAAUAUUUAACCUGUUCCAACUGUCUACCACUCUGUUUGCAAUAGAGAACAUUCAAAAUUUUUAUGCCCAUUUUUCAUUAGUUUGAAUCUAUAAUCUAGUUCUAGAAGAUGCAGGUUUCAAGAAUGCCUCCAAGUUUUGUUGACUCUGUUUCUGUUUUGUAUAUAGUGAUCAUAUCACCUUUACCCUUUUUUUCAUGUUUUUUUCUUCUGUGUUCUAACUUUGGCAUAUUGAACACUUCGAGCUUCUCCUCAUAGUUCAUGAUUUUCAUUUCUGGAAAUCAUAUAUUAGCAUGUCUUUAUACCUUUUCCAGUAGUAUUUCACCGUCCAUGAAUUUAAUUGCGAUUCAGAAAUUGAAAAAUAUAACAUAGGCGCCUCGCACAAUAUCCUUUGUGGUCCUCUGAUAACAGAACCACUUCUGAAUCACUCUUAUUGACCAAGUUUAUUGAUGUUAUUGCAGAGGCAUACCAGUACUUUUUGUCACUCAGGGUGAAAAUGCAUAUGGCAUUUCACCUCCCCCCCCUCCCCCCUUGCACCCUACAAAAAAUUUCAAGUUAAAAAAAUGCCUUUACAUCAAACACAUUUUUAAACAAAACUUUUAUUGGAAGAAAAACUUAAAUAACUUCAAUUUUAACAUUACUACAUAAUACACACUACAUAAUGUUAACUUGUAUUAUGAUUACUGAUUACUUAAAUUUUCAGACUCGACAUAAAAUUCAUGAAAAAUUUUAUUGUGUCUAUUGGCUCACAUUUUUUAGUUCAUUUAAAAUAAAACAAAAUUGCUCAGUCUAGAUUGGCUUGUAAUUGACGCGAGGUAAGUUUUAAUAAGUUUCAGUUUCGAUAAAUUUUGUUUGGGACUUUCGACAGACAUGCACAUAGACAGAUGCAGAGGGCAGUUGUUUGAUGCAAAGAUUCCACCGGAUCCCAUUUAAUGAUUCACUGAAGUAGUUUUUAACACAUCCCAAUUCUUUGGAUCACUGUUAAUAAUAAAUAAAUAAUGAAUAAAUUAUAAUAAAUAAAUUGUUGAUAUUUAUGCUUUUGCAACUGAGCAAUUAUCUGCACAAAUACUUUUUCCAGUAGACUUCCUGGAUUAUUCUCAUUGUAGAUGGAAAAAUAAUAUUGACCUUGGUAUUAAUUUCAUCUAUGAAUUUCUAUCGUAUCUUUUGAAUUAGUCAAAAGUGAUCAUUCAUAUUUUUAAGACAAACUGUGCAUUUUCCAAUUUCUACUAACAAUUGAUUUAUUAUUUAAAAAAUUAUCUGCAUACAACCUCUUGCACGGUCAACCCAGUAUCACACACUUACUCCGCAGGCAUUCUUCUCCUUCUUCCUACUCUGCUGUAUAUACUGACGUGCAUUUCAUUGCAGAACUCUUCACUGGCAUCUGCAGCAUUGGAUAUUACUCUCUCAUUUAUUAGUUAAAAACAGGAAUAAAAGGUCAUUGCAGGCGAUGAGUCACAAUAACAUGGCUAAAGUACUUGACAAUCGACUCACACAAUCGAAAAUUGACACAAUCGACUUAAAAAUGUUCCAGGACGGACCGAAACGUCAUCGUCCCUUCACCUUCUAGUAUGUGGUCUGGUCAACAAAAAGGUCAUUUUUAAUGCACACUUGUCCAAACGUCAUAUUCUUUUAAAAUAUAGCUGAGCAUCAUUGAUUUCUUUCAGUAUUGGAUUCCUGAAAAAUAAGUACACAAUUAAUUUUUAUGAAUUAUGGAGGGCAACAAAGCUUCAACACGGUCCUUUGUGUCCUGAUUUUCAGAGAUCCCUGCACUCAGUUCUUCUAAGGUACUGGGAGUGCAAGUAAAGUUCUUCUAAAGAUUAGAAAUGGCAUCAUACUUGGCACUCCACCAAUUAUCAGGCUUGGUUGACAGUGAUUUUGAAAUGUUUUGUUAAAACCCCAAUCAAAAGGUAAAGGAAGAAAAAAAAAUGUCAAUUGUCCCAAAGAAGGUUACAGCAUUAGAAUUCAGUCCCAUGGCAUGAACUUCAGCCAUGUUCAAGAGUGGUUAUUGCAAGGAAUGAAAGCAGUGUAUUUACUAACAUCAAGAAUUCUGCAUUGAACUUCUCAUUGAAUACCUGUCAUCAUAGCAGCAUUGUCAUACCCUUGACCAUGACAGUUCUGGAUAUCCAGUCCAUCCUUACAAAGCUUAGUGAUAAUGAGAUCAGCAACUGCCUAUAUAUUACUGUUUUCAAUGGACAAUGAAUUAUACGAGACAUCUGAUCAGUUUAUGAUGUAUCUGGUGUACUUUAAAAAAUUAUGGCAGUUGUAUUUUGCAUUAAACACAUUAUCAUUUCUAUAUUUUCAAACGUUACAACUGAUUAGUGUGAGGAACUCAUUUUGAAUGCUAGGGGUAAAUAUGAAGUGGAUAUCUUGUCAUUAGUUAUUAUUUUUGUAUGAUGUUCCCUAAUUACUGGGGUAUAUUUAGCAAUUAGUUUUAUUAACUCCAAGUCGUUUCCAUAAUUGCUAAUUUCAUUUAAGUUCUCUCAGUGACCUCAGAAUGCAAGAUGUUUUGUCAAGAACAUGAUGCAGUCAUAAAUGUGUUUCAGUACUCUUUUCCACUUAGCAGCAGAAUUUGCAAGUGAUGUGCAUUAUCUGUUGCAGCAUUCAACUGAAGGCACAUUGACAACUUUUUUCAUUGUUCAAACCAUCCGGUACGAUGUGAACAGUUUCAUGUUCAGGUAUUUUCAGAUUUAGUUACCUCUAGUAAAAAAAAUUCUUCUUUUCCAAUAUGCACUGGAGCUAUUGUUGAAGAGAUGACAGCAAAAGCCAUGCAAGCUGCAUUUUGAUCGUGAGAAUAUCAGCCAUAACUUUUAAGUUUUUCCUCCAUUUUCCAAAGUUUUGAAAUGCCAAACUUUUGACAUUGACCUUUUAUUUAAAUAAACUGGAAAGGGUCUAUUUAUGUUUUUAAAAUGUAUUGUCUAUGUUUAACAAGUUCUGUUCUCAGACUGUCCAUCAUUUGAAUGGGCCAGUUCCCAAAAUCAUUAAACAGACUGUGGGUGAUAGAUGGGUAGGAAAAUUUGUGAUGUAGACAAGGGUUGAUCUUGAUUAUUUGGGGAUUCACUUGAAGUUGUUGUUUAGCAUCUAUCUCUAAAGCUAUGUCAAAUUGAGGAUGAUCAUCUUGCUUUCCAGAAGAUGCUGAAGUUGUGUCUGAGAAUUUCAUUAACUGACAAAAUCUAUAAAUGUCACACUUUACUUCCUUCUCUGUCUUCACAAAACUUCUUGUAAGCAGCACCACUCAGUCUAUUGUUUGCUCAUUUUUGGUAAUUCAGUAAUUAUUACCUGCAAAACGAAACGACCAUUAAUUAUUAACAUCAAAGUCAAUAGUAAAGAUAGCAGGGUAUACUAAUUAUCAGUGAUACAUAAAUACCAAACAAGACUUUCUGGAGCCUUAUCAUAAUUAAAUUAUUUUUAAUUGGAGAGACUACGGAAUGAAAAAAUAGGCCACCUCCACUCAAGCCUGCCUUUGGGCAUAACAACAUUCUAAUAAAACAAAUAAUUCACAAUUCAUUACAUAUAUUUCACUGAAAUAUAAUCACAAAGAUGGAACCUACAGACAAUAUUUUCAUUUAAUAUGUAUAGUUUCAAACCUAUGAAUAAUAAUGGGUGUUAAAAUAUAUCGGGUAUUAUAUUAAUUUAUCAUUAAUUAUUAUUUAAAUAAAUUUAAUUUACCUCAAUAUUAUAAAGUGCCUAUUAAAAUUAAUUUAAUUCACACUAAAAUUAAACAUCUUUCGACUCUCAUUCUUGAUUGUAAAUGACUCACUUUGUGAAGCCAUGCAUUUUCAGAUGGAUCUUUGAACAUGCUCUGUCACACCUUUUUGAACCCUAGUGGUUAUCUUGAGAUGAUUUCGGGGCUUUAGUGUCCCCGCGGCCCGGUCCUCGACCAGGCCUCCACCCCCAGGAAGCAGCCUGUGACAGCUGACUAACACCCAGGUACCUAUUUUACUGCUAGGUAACAGGGGCAUAGGGUGAAAGAAACUUUGCCCAUUGUUUCUCGCCGGCACCCGGGAUCGAACCCGGGACCACAGGAUCACAAGUCCAGCGUGCUGUCCGCUCGGUUAUUUAGUGGCACUAAAUAAUAUUAAAUGAUGAUUUUUUCUACAAUCAUGGAUAUUUUCUACACAAAUAAUGUGCACCAAUGAUGAGAGAUGAAUUUUUGUGGAGGGUUGCAUUAAAAAAAAAAACAUACUGCACCCCCAGUCAGGAAGUGACGCUCGGGCAGUCACCUCUCGCCCCACCCUUGGUAUGCCA